AUGUCAGCAAAUUUCUCGCAUCUAUGUCUAACAGACGAACAACAACGGAUGUCGGGUACAACUUUGGAGUACAAUUUACAGAGAUACUUCUACCCGGCACUUGCAAUAUUCGGAAUUCUAGGAAAUGUACUCAAUUUAACAGUUCUAUUGAAUCGAAGUAUGCGAAGUCGAGCGAACUCAUUUCUAGCAGUUCUGGCGUUUGCUGAUAUCAUCUUUCUGUUUCUUCUUUUCCCGAAUAUACUGGCGAACUACUCGUUUUUCACAUUUAAUUGGUACUUUCGGUGGUUUUACUUGCACUCAAAGGUUCACUUGAUAUCCUUAGCCAACUGGUGUUCUUCGGUGGCUCAUUGGUGCGUGAUUGCAGUCUGUGCUGACCGACUUCUAGGUAUUCAGAAUCCGUUGUACGCACGUGCCACAUGGAGAUGGUGGAAACUUCCUCUUGUCACCACAGUCAUCGUAUUCACAUGCGGUCUUCUGACGUGUUAUCAGCACUUUGAAUACUUCUGUCUGGUUCGAUCUUACUGUAGAGAAACUCAACUCUAUUCAAGGUGUCUACCAGUAAAUGCCGAAAAAUGGUUUGGUCACCGCCCGAAUCCGUUCUCUGAUCGAUAUCAGAGCUUCAUCGCCAUGUGCAAACUGGCUCAUAUUUUUCUGAUGAUAAUCCUGCCGAUCAUCCUUCUUUUGUUCCUGAACUUGACACUGCUUUGGGCUUUACGAAAACGUCAGAAGCAUUUGUCGAUUGGAAAGGAUUUCAAUGCGGACAGGCGUCAAAAUGACGUUCACAUGCAGAAAACGGAACAUCGAGUGACAUUGACUGUAACGUUUAUUGUUACUAUGUUCACAUUGACCAAUGGACCAUCUGCACUCGUGCAUCUAGUCAUGUAUGCUACCCACGAGGAAUUGUAUGACCUGACAAUGAUAUCUAGCACACUUGUUAUCUGCGGAAAAGCUUCUAACUUCAUUCUCUUCUGCCUCGGAUCCAAACACUUCAGACUGCGUCUUCUUAAACUAACACGCAAGAAAAUCAACAGAAAAAUCGACUCCAUCACCGGUUCACUGGUUCAUACAACGAAACUCAGCACGGCUUCAUCUCGACGAACCUCAAUGCCAGUUCAAGAAAAGAAAAGAUCAUCAUCAUGUGCCCCUCUUGUUGCCAAGAAUAGAGCAUUGAGUACAGUCGAAACCAUCUAUCAACCACUUUUGAAUGGAACACAUCGAAAAGGAGAUCUCUGA